GGGGCCCAUCGCUUGGGCUCGGCUAUCUGGGAACGUUCUCUUGCGCCGAACGAGACGAUCUGGGACCUGAGGUUGUGCUUCGGGACGCGGCCCCCCGAGCCCGACAGCUGGCGGAAGUGAGGCUGCGGGGGAAUGGCAGCGGCGGCGACCAUGGCGGCGGCGGCCCGCGAGCUGGUGUUGCGCGCCGGGGCCUCGGACCUGGAGGAGGAGGAGGGCCCGCUGGGGGGUGUUUCUGGUCUCCAAGAGCCCCUGCAACUUGGGGAGUUGGAUAUCACCUCUGAUGAAUUCAUCCUGGAUGAAGUGGAUGUUCACAUUCAGGCAAAUCUGGAGGAUGAGUUAGUGAAGGAAGCCCUCAAAACGGGUGUGGAUCUGCGACACUAUUCCAAGCAGGUGGAGCUGGAGCUGCAGCAUAUUGAGCAGAAAUCCAUCCGGGACUACAUCCAAGAGAGUGAAAACAUAGCGUCCCUGCACAAUCAGAUCACAGCCUGCGACGCUGUCCUGGAGCGCAUGGAGCAGAUGCUGGGAGCUUUUCAGAGCGACCUGAGCUCCAUCAGCUCUGAGAUCCGGACCCUUCAGGAGCAGUCAGGAGCCAUGAACAUCCGUCUUCGUAAUCGACAAGCUGUUCGGGGGAAGCUUGGGGAACUUGUAGAUGGGCUGGUGGUGCCCUCUACUCUGGUCACAGCCAUUCUGGAAGCUCCAGUGACAGAGCCCAGGUUUCUGGAACAGCUCGUGUACGCGGAAGUUGCUGAGAAAGACGAUCUGAUGGGUGUGGAAGACACAGCAAAGAAAGAUAUCCUGGACCAGGGAGCCUCGUGUCAGGCUCACCUCCCUCAAGCGGUGACGAAGAUCCGAGAGUUCAUCCUCCAGAAGAUUUAUUCAUUCAGAAAGCCGAUGACCAACUAUCAGAUCCCCCAGACGGCCCUGCUGAAGUACAGGUUCUUCUAUCAGUUCCUGUUGGGCAACGAGCGAGCAACAGCCAAGGAGAUCAGGGAUGAGUACGUGGAGACGCUGAGCAAGAUCUACCUGUCUUACUUCCGCUCCUAUCUGGGGCGGCUCAUGAAAGUGCAGUACGAGGAAGUUGCUGAGAAGGACGAUCUGAUGGGUGUGGAAGACACAGCAAAGAAAGGAUUCUUCUCGAAGCCGUCCCUCCGAAGCAGGAACACCAUCUUCACCCUGGGCACCCGUGGUGCGGUCAUCUCCCCCACCGAACUGGAGGCCCCCAUCCUGGUGCCCCAUACUGCCCAGCGUGGGGAGCAGAGGUAUCCGUUUGAAGCUCUCUUCCGCAGCCAGCACUACGCGCUCCUUGACAAUUCCUGCCGGGAGUAUCUUUUCAUCUGUGAAUUUUUUGUUGUGUCUGGCCCAGCUGCACAUGACCUGUUCCAUGCUGUCAUGGGCCGCACGCUCGCCAUGACUCUGAAACACCUGGAGUCCUACCUGGCCGACUGCUAUGACGCCAUUGCUGUUUUUCUCUGUAUCCACAUUGUCCUCCGAUUCCGCAGCAUUGCAUCGAAGAGGGAUGUCCCUGCUCUGGACAGGUACUGGGAGCAGGUGUUGGCCUUGCUGUGGCCUCGGUUUGAGCUGAUCCUGGAGAUGAACGUCCAGAGUGUCCGCACCACCGACCCCCAGCGCCUCGGAGGACUGGACACGCGGCCCCACUAUAUCACGCGCCGCUAUGCCGAGUUCUCGUCUGCCCUUGUCAGCAUCAACCAGACCAUCCCCAAUGAGCGCACCCUGCAGCUGCUGGGGCAGCUCCAGGUGGAGGUGGAGAACUUUGUCCUCCGAGUGGCUGCGGAGUUCUCCUCCAGGAAGGAGCAGCUCGUGUUUCUGAUCAACAACUACGACAUGAUGCUGGGUGUGCUGAUGGAGCGGGCUGCUGACGACAGCAAAGAGGUGGAGAGUUUCCAGCAGCUGCUCAAUGCGCGGACACAGGAAUUCAUUGAAGAGUUGCUGUCUCCCCCCUUCGGGGGUCUGGUGGCGUUUGUGAAGGAGGCUGAGGCUUUGAUUGAGCGUGGACAGGCUGAGCGACUUCGAGGGGAAGAAGCCAGAGUCACUCAGCUGAUCCGUGGCUUUGGUGGUUCCUGGAAGGCGUCGGUGGAGUCUCUGAGUCAGGAUGUAAUGCGGAGUUUCACCAACUUUCGAAACGGAACCAGCAUCAUCCAGGGGGCGCUGACCCAGCUGAUCCAGCUCUACCAUCGCUUCCACCGAGUGCUGGCACAGCCGCAGCUGCGGGCACUGCCAGCCAGGGCCGAGCUCAUCAACAUUCAUCACCUCAUGGUGGAGCUCAAGAAGCACAAGCCCAACUUCUGACUCUGUCUCCAGGGCUGACAGCUCCCGAGGACUCUGCAGUCACCCAACACUGGGACCUGCCGGCUUCCACGGGCUCUGCAUGUCACACACUGUCACCCGGGUCCCCUUCCCUUCUUGUUGUCUCUGAGGCUUCCACAGUCCUCCUCCGGCCUCCAUUGCAGGACUCAGCCUCAAGAGAGUGUGCCCAAGGCCAGGUCUUCCUGGACCUCUGAGGUGACUUUGUGACUUUCCCAUCCCUGUCACCGCCACCCUGUUGGUUCACACCUGUGAGAGCCCCCACUGCUUCAUCUCUGACUGAGUCUCAACUCUUAGAAGAGCGGUGGAGGCGGCCUCCACUCUCCUGUCGCUUGGUGGUCUGCGGUCUCCACUUGAACACUAACCCAUCACCUCACUCUGUCUGUCUGUCUGUCUGUCUAUCUGUAGGCAAUAACAAGACUUAAUGUGCUGUGACA